AUGGCUGCUCAGGGUUCCCUAUUACAGCGGGCGCGUCCAUGUCAGGUCCAGACCAGCCAGGCCACCGGCACCUCAUCUGUACCGACAUCUGCCCCGGCCACAAGUGCCUCGUCGGUGGCAUCUACUUCGCAUAAGGACUCUCCCACCAUGUCCCCGGAGCAUACGGUGUUGACCACCAGUAGUUCCACCCAGCAGUCCCCGGACCCAAACCGCGGUCGUGGUGCCGAAGAAUUCCCCCCUCCUCCGGCUUUCCACCUGGGUGAUCCUCUCCUAUCGCGUAAGCCCAGCAGCAACUCCAUGAAUCCCAGCGUAACCACUAGUCACGGCUCCAUGGCCGAAGCCAUGGGCAACGGUGGCGGAAGGGCCUUGAUGAGGCGGCUCUCCAAUAAAGCUACAUCCAAGUUCUCCCGGACACGACGACAGUCGUCAGCUGCCCCCAACAGUCGAAAUGGUAGCAUUGGCCCUGGUAUCCUUCGACGCAGAAGCGACAGCACCAACACAGCCCCCGCGGCAGAAGGCGCCAUGUAUACGGAUUCAGAUGAUGAGUAUCCGGACGAGAUGAACGAGCUAUACUCGCUCAUUGGUGCUGAGAGUAUGUCCCGGGGCGUCUCGUCUGGCAGCACCGCCGCCUCCAUUGCCGGCUCUACCUCUACGCCCGAGAUUCCGGCUGCACCAGUCGUACCUCUGGCUCUCAUCAAGGGGACUUAUCUGGCCAAGAUAUCCAAGAAGAAGAAGUUCAAGCGUAUGCUGUUCAAUCUCGAGUAUGACACAGGCAAGAUUGUCUGGGACAAGGGCCGCUCCUCGAAGUGUCUCUACAUCGAUGACAUCAAGGAAGUCCGGAUAGGAUCGGACAUACGACAGUAUCGAAUCGACUAUGAGGUUCCCGAGCCGAUGGAGGCCCGCUUCUUCACCAUUAAUUACUCCGUCCCCGACAAAUCCAGAACCAAGACGAUGCACCUCGUUGCUGAAGACGAAGAAACGUUCACACACUGGGUUACCGCGUUAGACUCGAUAUCGAAACACCGGGAAGUUCACAUGGCGUCGUUGAUGGCCUUCAAUGACAAUGCGGUUCGCAGCUUUUGGAAUGGCGAGAUGGCCAAACAGUUCGAGAACAGACCACACUCUAGCGACGAGGAAGCGAUCGAUUUCCCUGGUGUGCAGCGAGUGUGCCGAAAUCUGCAUAUUCAUAUGGCUCAUAAAGAUCUGUUGAUCAAGUUCGCUAUCGCCGACACGAGCAGGACUGGUCGGCUCAACUUCUCCGAGUUUCAGGCCUUCGUCCGUGAGAUGAAGCAACGGGAGGACGUCCGAGCAAUUUAUCGCGAGCACGCCUCAGAUGUGGAAAAGGGCAUCACAUGCGAGGACUUUAUGAAGUUUCUACGCGAAGUUCAGUUCGAGGACGUCGAUAACAACCGGAGCCUGUGGGAGGCUAGAUUCAUUCGCUACGCCUACCGAGUCAAGCCGAAGGAUGUAUCCCUGCAGCGUGUUGAUCGAGACUCGAUUCGGAUGACAGAAGAAGCCCUAGCGGCCUACCUUGCCUCGAAAGAUAACGACCCCCUUGUACGCGAGCCGUCCGAAUAUUCGCUUGACCGUCCGUUCAACGAAUAUUUCAUAUCGAGUUCGCACAACACAUAUCUCGUCGGCCGACAAAUUGCGGACGUCUCGUCCGUUGAGGGCUACAUCAUGACGCUGAUGCGAGGAUGUCGUAGCGUGGAGAUUGACUGCUGGGACGGAUCCGAUGGGCAACCUACCGUGAAACACGGAUAUGCCAUGACCAAUUCCAUCUCAUUCAGAGAAGUCAUCAACACGGUCAACAAGUAUGCAUUCAUCGCAAGUCACUUUCCACUUUGGGUGUCACUUGAGGUUCACUGCAACGCAGCGCAGCAAGAGAUCAUGGCCGAGAUGAUGAAGGAAAUAUUUGGCUCACGACUUGUCACCGAGCCCCUAGACUCCUCUGCUGACAAACUUCCAUCGCCGUCCGAACUCAAAGACCGCAUCUUGAUCAAGGUCAAGGGAACGCAUCGCACUCCCGAGCAGCAUAACGGAAGCGAAACAAGUGGUCGACGACGAGGGAACAGCUUGACGUCGCCAUUCUCUAAACCCGUAAUUCCAGACAUUGGAGGUAUUCCCGUCCAGAACCUGACUUCGAGCCCGCUUCUUGGACCUACCCAGUCUUCUCGGCGCACCAUAAGCAAGCGGGUGGAGACUAUCACUGAAGGCGAAGUACACGACAAUGCUAGUAGCAGUACAAGCGAUUGUGAUACCGAAGAGGAGAAACCGGGAAAGCGGAAGACCAGCAAAAUAGUCCAGUCUUUGGGCGACCUGGGCGUCUACUGCAGUGGCGUCAAAUUCCACGGCUUUGACACAGCUGACUGCAAGAAGAGUAACCAUAUCUUGUCCUUUAUGGAAGGAACAUUUAGGAAGCACUCGAAGGCAGGGGAAUCGAAGAAAGCAUUGACACGCCACAACAUGCGCUACAUGAUGCGUGUUUAUCCUCAGUACUCGCGGUUCUCUUCGGACAAUUUCAACCCGUUGAUGUACUGGAGACGCGGCGUUCAAAUGGCAGCUCUCAACUGGCAGACCUUCGAUUUCGGCAUGCAACUGAACCAGGCCAUGUUUGAUGGCGGCACUGACCAGUCUGGGUACGUUCUCAAACCUGAGUCAAUGCGCCAGAUCCGGGUCCUGGCCGGUGCCCAAAGCGAAGAAGCUAUCGGCAAACUGGUCCACCAGAAAUUGGCCUUCCGAAUCGACGUCAUCUCGGCGCAGCAACUGAUGCGACCAGCGAGCUUAGCUUCGACUCGAUCCCUGGACCCAUACGUCGAGGUUGAGGUAUUCCAUACCAACGACAAGAGGGACAAGCAUGACAGCAUGGCCGGCAUACCAAUUCUGUCUGACACGCCGCUAAAGGUCGUUACGCCUGUGGUCAAAGAGAACGGCUUCAACCCGGAAUUCAAUCACGCCGCCAAGUUCGACGUGACGACUAAACAUCCCGAACUCAUCUUCGUCAAGUUCAGUGUCAAGCUCUCCACCGACGGUGAAUCCUCUCAUAAUCGCAACACCACCAUCGCGACAUAUACCGCCAAGCUUAGCAGCCUCAAACAAGGCUACCGCACAUUACCGUUGCUGGACUGCAAUGGCGACCAGUACCUCUUCUCACGACUGUUCUGUAACAUCAGGGUUGAGGCUGCGACGAACGUCCAAGUGCCCAAUCCCGAGACCGGCGUCGAUCUAGCUGGAAAGAAGGGUUUCGCCCGGAGUCUACUCAGUCGGUCUUCAAAUGCCAACGGUGCCAAACCGACAACCCAGGAAAAUAAGUAUAGCAUCGACAGCGGGUACUCGGAUACAGUACCGCCGACGGCGACUUGA